AGUUAUGGCAAUGUACUAUGUUAGGUCUGUUAGACACAUUCUUACCACCAAAGAAGCAUUUGGAGUUGCAAGCAAGCGAGCUUUUGCCACCGGUAAAGCAAAGAAAGGAUCUAAAGGUGGAGCUGCUGAUGGACCCAAAGCAUCAUCUCUUACCAAAGAACUCAAGUCAAGUACAGUUGUUGGUGCCAACAUUCUCAAGGAAGGAGCUGAUCCCAAAAUUCUACCUGAUUCUGAAUACCCUCACUGGUUGUGGCAUCUGCUUGACAAACGCCCCGCGCUAAGUGAGUUACGUAGGAAGAACAUCGAAACACUCUCUUAUGAAUAUCUUAAACGCUAUGUUAAGCUGGAUAACCGAUCUAGGAUCAAGGAGAAUAACUCUCUCAAGGCAAAGAACUGAUUCAUUGCAGAACUAUUUCCCUUUCUUCUAGUUUUUAUGGUUCUCAGUCUUCUGGGAUUCCUUUAAGUAAUUGAUUUGCUCAAUUGAAUUGCAUGGUUUAGUACUUUUUAUGGUUCUUUCUGCAACUUUUAUGUCUGUUUUUCCCCCUUGGAUGUUUAGUAGAGUAAUAACUGAUUACCUUUGUUGAUCGCAUAGAGCUGUGUCUAUAUGUGACUAUUUUUACUAUGAUGUAUGUUAAGAAAGGAUUCCUACA